UUGUCAAUGAGACAAGCAUGCUAGCCAACGCUAAAACUCAAAAGUAAAUCCUUUUUAAAAGUCGUCAAACGUCAAGAACUAGGUCAAUAUUUUACAUUUUACUUUUCAAUACGUGUGUUCAUAUGUUGAGAUUAUUUGCGAAAAAUAGAAACCACUGUGAUAGUAGAGAAUCAUGUAACGGUGGCGCAUAAGUAUUUCUUCCAGAUUUUAUGGCUCUUGCACUUCUUUCUUAGCGAAAAAUCGGUCCUUUAUCGCUACAAAGUUUCAGUUUCUGAGAAUGGUCUAAAAAGUGAAAUAUGGCAGAAAAAUUGGGUUUAGGGAACGAAGUGAGGGAAUUAAAAAUAGGACAAAGCUUUACCAAUCCCAAAUCAACAGCCUUCCACACUGUAAAAUAUGACUUCAAACCUGCAUCUGUAGAUACUAAUAAGAAAGCAACAGUAGACGUUGCUGGGAAUAAUCAGGUGACUGUAACAGUGCCACAUUUAGAUGGUGCUGGGGUUCCUCAGACAGUAUUUAAGGGUUCACAGAGGCCAUAUCAGAAAGAAUGUGUCCUCAUAAUAGAUAGAGCAACUGGUGAAAUCACCUUAGAAAAAUUAAGCUAUAAUAUACAAGUUAAGAAAACUAGAAGUGAAUAUAACAAAUUGCACCAGGACCGCUUGUCCUCAAGCCAGGGCUCAAAUUCCGGCAGCGGCCGAUCGCAAACACCUCCGGUAGCCGCCCCCACCCCGCAGCGUGUCUCCACCAAGACACGGGUAACCACCAGCGGCAGGAAUCGCAACAAUGCCGAACGCAUCACCACCAGCAUCCCUCAUGCUGCCGCCAAACAUUCGCCCCUUAGGGCUAGUCCUUCUCAUCAACAUCGCAGCCCCAGCAUGCGCGAUCAGGUUAUACCGUCGCCUAUGUCGCUCUCACAGCCUGCCAUGCACCUUACGAACAACGAAUCCCAUUCACAAAGUGCCCUAGCUAGCUUGCCACUAAUUGGAAUAGAUGACUACUCAGAUCCAGUACCAACUCAACAAUAUCACCACAAUCAACAUCACAACACACAGUCUCAUCCACUUCAAGCUGCCUCGCAUCAAACGUCAGAUAUCGAGAACCACGUGGGUACCAUCUCGGACAGCUCUUCCUCGUCGUCCAGCGAUAGCGACGACGGUAGCAAUCAACGGUUAAGCGGCAGUAAUAGUACCAAUAUGAAAUUCGGCGGCGGUACCGCUGCCAAAACGAACGGGUACAGCAACGGUGGUGGAAGUUUGGCACCACCGCAACCACCGGUUGUCAACAAGAUCGACACCCAUUUGCUCAGUGACGAUCUGUGCCUUUCGGAGUCGGGAUCCGAUUCCGAUUAACGUAAGAAAGGUAAGACGUUCAAUAUAACUUAGGUUAUACCAGAAGUUCGAUGUUCAUGACGGUAACAUACAGGGUGAUUGGAAAUUCGACCUAUUCCCUGAAAGUGGUGAUUCUAGAGGUUAUUUGUGAUAAAUUAAUCCCCAUCAACUGGGGGUCGGAAAUGAGCGGUUUCCGAGAUUUCAAGAUUUUUUAAGAAUUUUCUGCUUCUGAU